GCAUCAGCGCACCUUGGACUUCGCUGACUUGCCAGCUCAUUUGCAGCAUCAGGAAUUCUUCGCUCGUUGUGGCCCACGCAACAUGUACCGGCCUCAUCAGAAUGCCUUUUCCAACGAACCCCAUGACAGCGAGGAAUACGAGGCUGCCCUGCUUUGGACUGAGUUCUUGGGAGAUGAGAACUUUGAGUUUGACACCAUGAAUCCGGCUUUUCAAGAGGUCUACACUAACCUGUUGAAAUACUGGAUUGCCUACGCAGACAUUGAUGGCUUCCGAGUAUCAUCUGCGGCCUAUAUCUCCUCGGACUUCACUGCUUACCUCUCGACACACACCAGGUUCUAUGCCUCGAAGUUGGGCAAGGAGCGUUUCUUCGUCCUCGGCGAGAUUGAUGCCACUGAGUUUUUUGGGCUUCAGCAUUUGGGAACCACAGGGAAGACGCGACUGCCUUACCGGACGGAGCGAGCCAUUGAGGAACUUUGCCCAUACUAUGCCACGCUUCAGCCGCAAGUUCCAGGAUUCUUGUCCAACUAUCCCAUGCAUGAAGCAGCUCAUUUGCGAUCGGUCGCUUCUGGCGAAUCGAGUCCAGAACAUUUUUUCGACAGUGCACAUUGGGCACAGAUGCAGCAGGUGCGUCGCGAUAUCACAUCGGUUGCAGAUUUGAAGUCCACUUGGACUUCGGUGGACUCGUUUCAGAAGCCACGGCUGCUGAGCACCGUGAGCGAACCCGACGGCUCCGACGGCCGUUGGCG